UCCUUCUUUUAUUUCCAGAACACAAACCCCGAGGGGAAUGAUCGCGGAGUCCCUCCAGUCUCGGUCUCUUAAGGAUGCUGCCUCGCUGAAGAUCCGUGGAGAUGGAUGACACAUGGCUGUGAUGCUCCAGGAUCUUCUUCUUCUUCAUCAUCAUCAUGUCUCCAGCGGCUCCGGUGACGGACAGCAGCGCCGGUGAUGUCUUCCGCGAGCAGACGGACGCUCCGCGGGAAGCGCAACGUCCAGUGAAGCAGUCUUUGAGCAAGUCCCUGUGUCGCGACUCACACUGGAAAUGCCUCCUUCUGUCACUGCUGAUGUACUGCUGCGUGAUCGCGAUGACCUGGUGCCAGGUCACAAAGGUCACGCGCCUCACCUUCGAAAGUGCUUUCAAAGGCAAGUCCAUGUUGUACCACGACAGUCCUUGUUCCAAUGGCUACAUCUACAUCCCGGUGGCUUUCCUCGUCAUGCUUUACAUGGUUUAUAUGGUGGAGUGUUGGCACUGCUUCACGCUCAACGAACUCCAGUUUAAAGUAGCUCUGGAGAGCGUCGCCGAGCGCGUGCAACGCAUGCAACAAGCCACGCCGUGCAUCUGGUGGAAGGCUAUAAGCUACCAUUACAUACGCCGGACGAGACAAGUGACGCGGUAUCGCAACGGCGACGCCUACACGACCACGCAGGUUUACCACGAGCGCGUCAACACGCACGUCGCGGAGGCCGAGUUCGAUUACGGGAACUGUGGGGUUAAAGACAUCUCGAGACACCUCACAGGACUGGAAGGCUUUCCGGUGAUUAAGCUGCACUUCACUAAGUGCUUUAGUUUCGCUAAUGUCGAAUCCGAGAACUCCUAUUUGACGCAAAGAGCACGGUUCUUCACCGAGAACGAAGGAUUGGAUGAUUAUAUGGAAGCGCGUGAAGGGAUGCAUCUAAAAAACGUUGAGUUUAAGGAAUACAUGCUUACUUUCGCGGCUCCAGAUCGCUUGCCUUGGUAUGCAUCGCAGUGUAGCUUCUGGUUAGCAGCGGUGUUGACUUUAUCCUGGCCGUUGCGGGUUUUGAUGGAGUACCGCACGGCGUAUGUUCACUACCACGUGGAGAAGCUUUUCGGGUUCGACUAUGUCGCUGUUACGCCUCUGGAUGAGCGUCCGUUUUGUCGUCACAUCCCGAGGGUCAACACCAUCGACAGCACGGAGCUCGAGUGGCACAUUCGCUCCAACCAACAGCUCGUUCCCAGUUACUCCGAAACCGUGCUCAUGGAUCUGGUGCAGCAGUCCAGUUGCAACACGUUUUCGCCGCGUGGCAUCGGUGCGGCCGGCGGGAACAGCUUCGGUGGAUAUCGGCAGAACUGUGAACGCUGCCAUCGCUCUAUAAGCAGCUCGUCGAUUUUCUCACGCAGCGCAUUGAGCAUCUGCAACAGCAGCAGUCCGCGUUUGCCGCGUUUACCUUUCAGUGGAAGCCGGUUCUCUCUUGGCCGUUUGUACGGCUCGCGACGCAGCUUGCGAAGUCACAGUAGUAGCCUGAACGAUCCCAGAUGUCCGACGGAAAGCACGCGAUGCUUGGCCGAUCAGUCGGCCAAUGAGGAGAGCCCACCUUCUCCGCCGGCCUAUCAGGACGCGCUGUAUUUUCCAGUACUGAUUGUUCACCGCAACGAGGGCUGCGUCGGUCACGACCACCAUUCACUGCACCGUAAUGGAUCCUGCGUGGAGACUUCGUUAUAGCGUUAGCAUAAGAACACAAACAUGGUGUUGCAAAUAUAAAAUGAACAGAAUGGUACAGAAAUGUCUGUAUGAAUCUGAAUGGCACAUGAUUGCAUUUCUUCAUAACAAACGCAGUCUGGCUUUUAGUGAUAUAUUUACACACUUGUGACGCACCAUAUUCAGCUUCUUCGACAACUUCUCACUUUGUUGCAUUUGUAAUCAACCUAAAUGUACAAUAUAAUUUUUUUUUUUUACAAAAACAACUUUAGAUAAAGUUGAAUGGCUCAUAAUUACACACGUUCAUAACAAAUGCAGGCUGGCGUUUAUUAAUAUAUCAACACUUUUUCAACUUCUGGAAAAGUUUGCAUUGUGAAGUCAACAAGAAACGGCAUUCACAAACCAAUUUACUUUCAUAAUAUGUCGUGUUUUUAUUUAGAACACCAUAUUAAAAAGACCUUUGAAAAAUCAAAAAUGAUCCUUGUAAAAUGUAAAACUUGAUCCAUUGAUUAGCUCAUGUAUGGAGAUAGAUAAGGGUUGAAAAAUACCCCAAAACAUCUUCCAAAACGAAAAGUUAUUUCAGAUGCAAUAACAUUAUUUACUUUGCAAUAACAUCCAUUAAAAAAUCGUUCACAUGAAAACAUAUUAAUGAAGUAAACAGGGUUUAUUUGAGUUCAUGUUGACUUCAAAUGAAAACAGCAAAUGUGAAAUGUACAUUUCUUUCAUUUCCUCUUUGAUGAUUCAAUUGGAAUGUUACAAAACACUUUCAGUUCUACUUGCAAUGUAUAUAUAAACACACACACACACACACACACACACACAUACACACACACACUUCAACAAAAACAAAGCAACAUACUUCUUUAAAAACAAAUAAUACUGUUACCAGAAACACAAAUAAUCAUUAUGCAUUUUAUUAUUUACAUUUUAUAUUACAUUAUAGCAUUUUAAAAUAAAUAAAACCAUUAUGAGCAAAAUCACAAAUAAGGCAUGAUACAGAACAGAAAUUAUUCAUUUCAAAACUAUUCAUAAACACCUUUUUCUUCUGAUCUAUUUAUGGAGGGGUGUCAGUGCAAUGAAUAAUUUAAUAAAUGUGCCUAAAUGACAUGAGAACAUCAAAAAAUACAUGUUCUUUGAUAAUCCUACUGGAUAUUUAAUAAACAUUAUCUAAUGCAUGUAAGAUCAUAUUUAAUAUAUGAAGAUAGGAUCAACAAAAGCAUUCCUGUUGUUGUUGUUUUUGCUGAAACUACCUCUUCUUUUUAUAGAAAUGUAAGUGCCUCAGACUGUUCUUGUUUAAUUUUUUAACAGCUUUGGUGUUGACAUGUUUCCCAGGUUGCUGUCAUAAUCAUUGAGCAUUAAGAUAACAGAGAAAACCAGGACCAGCUGACACUCAAAUGAUGUUCAAAAGGAAUCUUAAAAAUAGAAAUAGAAAUAUCCAUGUUCCUGUUCCUUCAAAAAUACACAAAUUACUAUUAUAAUCUACCAAGAGAAAGGAAAAUAUUUCUGAAGUAUAUAGAUAUUUUUGUUGGGAAUGGGCUUCAUUUACAGCAGCACCAAAACUUUGAUGCUUUUUUUUAACAGAAUCCAAACUCAUCUUUAUAAAGCAUUGGCAAAAUAAUCUAUACAAGUGGCACAAUAUAUGACAUGAGCUCUGACAUGAACAUACUGUAAAUAUCAGUCAUUAAUUAAAGCACAGAACAGACUCAAAUACAGUCAAAUACAGAUCACUUCAUCCUGUAGUUUAAAACAUUCCAGUGUGAGUUUAAAAUCAUAAGGUUCACCAUUUGUUUCUCAUUUUUGAACUUAAUCUUAAUAAUAAAAAUAUCCUCUUAUUAGAUAUUUAAUUUGGUAAACCUUUUAGAUUUUCAGUCGUGUUAUUCAAAUACGUCCGGGUCACAUUUCACCCUAAAUCAAAAGUACAAAAAAUUCAUAAGUGUUAACAACAUUCCCCUUUCAAAUGAUGAUUACUAUAAUGUGAAAUAAUUUUAAUAAUAACAAUUAUUUUUAUUGGUAUAAAACUAUUAAAAUAAUAAAAUACAAAAAAUUAAAUGCUAGGAUUCAUUCUAUGCUAAAUAUAUUAUAUUAUUUAAAUUUUAGGGUAAAAUAUGACCUGGACAUAUUUCAAGAGGUUUAUCUUAUUAUGCAAAAGACAAUUUUGGGGGGAGAUAGUGAUUAGGGAUUUUACAGGUGACCACAUCUUGUACGUGUUUUUGGAAAGAAAAUAUGUUUUAUGUCUUGUAACACAAAACAUUGUGUAUAUAAAAAAGAAAUGUGCACAGAAACUUUCACGAUUGUUUAUUUGACCAAUCCAUGUCUGCAUACAGUAAACGUCAGUAUGGCUAUAGAUAUUACAGUAUUGUGUGAGUGUCAAUGAUCUGAUGUGAUGUGAUGUACAGUAUCUCAAUGCAGAAACUAAUUUUAAAUGACAAAAAUGGAUGUUUCUUCACAUUGGGUGAACAGUCUGUCAUUCAUACAGUAUCCCACUGACAAUAUGUUACGUUGUAAGCACGGAUGAUUAUUGUAGUUCCCUGCCUUUUUGAUGCUAUGCAUAAAGUUUUUAUGCUGCUAAAGGCCAUUACAGUGCAAACAGUGCUGACACAAUAAUCAAUGUCUGUAAACACUAUGUUGCCUAUAUCUCAGGUUGGAGGCCAAAUAUGUGUCCAAGUUGAAUAUGUGUUUUAAUUUGAAUCAGGAUGACAUUAAAGUCAGCAUGAAAUCAAAAA